CGUCCUGCUGGCUCAGUCUGUCAGUCCGCUCGCUCAGCCCGACUCGACUCGCUGCAGGCAGUGGCCUGCGCACCCUCCGGCACCUGGCACCCGCGGCGGCACCACCAGCCGCACCAUGGCAGGCCCAAGCCAAUUGGAGAGGGCCGUGAUCUUGGUCGACCUGCCGAACGACUUGGAGGAGGUGGAGGAUGACGACCAGCGCCCUCGCAUCGUGGGCUUCCAAGCCAUGAUGGGCAGGAUCUUCGCCUACUUCGCGGAGCUCGACACGUGGGCGCCGGUGACGUGCCACAUCUCGACAAAUCCCGCGCGCCCAGGGCGUCUCGGUGUCAAGGUGGCGGCGAUCAAGCGGGCCAUCACGACCGAGAUGUCGGAGUACUACAACACGAACGUCCUGGUGAGUGAGGCGCACGGGCAAGAGCCCCGCGGCGAUCCUCUGGGCGACGACGUGGUCUUGGAGCUCUACGCGUGGAUCCACGUCAGGAAGGAAGCGCCGGCGCCCGUGCCACCGCCGCGGGUCGAGGACCCGUGGGCCGCGGCGAACGUGCCCAUCAUUACGGCGCACGUGUGCCUGCACGACCUGCAUCAGUGGAAGGCCAUCGAGCUGCCGAACCGUGAGGGGCCGACGCAGGAUCGCCUCUUCGUGAGCAUCAUGAUGCUCAAGAAGGCGGCCAUGGAGGAGUGGGGCUACGGAGAGAUGACCCGCGAGCAGAUCCGCGAGAUCAAGGUCUACUACAACGACGCUGGGGCUCCUGAGCUGCCGCUGAAGGGCAACAACGAGCGCGUGAUCAUCAACAAGUGGUACAGCAUGAACCGUCUGCUGGCGAUCGACGGCCUCGAGCCAGCGCCCAUCACCCCCACGGGCGAGGAUACCGAGUGGGCUGUGGAGGACGGCCCUCAGUAGCGUCGCCUACGAGGAGGCUGCGUGUGCCACACUUUCUGAUUGCCGCAUCUUUGAUCUCCACCUCCUUCUUCUCCUCCUCUCCGUCGGGCUCUGCACCCUCGGGGUCCGCCCAUGCCUGGAUCCAUCCUUGCUCUGCGUUGCACCCUGAAGGUCGCUCAUCUUUCUUGCGCCUCCUCGUUCAUUGCUAUUUCUGUGCGUUGGGCAUUGCACCCCCAGGGCCAGCCCUCGUCUCCCCCCGCCCUGCCCGGCGGGAGCCGGAGUGCUCCUUGAGCCGCCGCGCUAUCGCUGGCAUUGCUCUCGCAGUGUUCGUGAUUUCGUUGCGCCGGCAUUGCGCCCUCAGGGUCAGCCCAUGCACCCGCUGAGCCAUAUUUGUUGUCAUCUUCGACUUCCACCUCCUUCUUUUCUCCCUUCCCGUUGGGCUCUGCACCCUCGGGGUCUGCCCAUGCCUAGCUCCAUCCCUGCUCAGCGUUGCACCCUCAGGGUCGCUCGUCUUUCUUGCGCCUCCUCGUUCAUUGCUAUUUCUGUACGUUGGGCAUUGCACCCCCAGGGUCAGCCCUCGUCUCCCCCCGCCCUGCCCGGCGGGAGCCGGAGUGCUCCUUGAGCCGCCGCGCUAUCGCUGGCAUUGCUCUCGCAGUGUUCGUGACCUCGUUGCGCCG